AUGUGGUGUCUGGGUGUACUGCUCCUGCUCCUCGGCAGUUGUACCGCCGAUCUCUUCACUGCUAUUGCUGAUAUGCAGAAGAUGCUUGGUGCCGAAAAGGAAGUUACCAACAUCAUAGAGAACUACAUCGAGGCCGAGCAGAAGAGAUUGGAUGAUUUGAAGAGGUUCGCUGACGAGUACGUGAUGCGAAACAAAUACGCGACCGACAUCGGACCGGACUUCGUGACGAAUCCUAUAAAUGCAUAUUUGCUUAUUAAACGACUCACUUCUGAGUGGAAGAAGAGUCAAAGUUUGUUCACUGAGAAUAAUCUUUUCGGUCAGGUUGGACGUGCUGCGUACAAUGAGAGAGACUAUUAUCACACGCUGACAUGGAUGCAAGCGGCGAUGAAUAAGUUGGAGAAUGAAAAUCCAAAGUCAAUUGACGAAGCCGAAGUUCUUGAGUACCUUGCUUAUGCCCUUUAUCAGCAAGGAAAUGUUCGUCGCGCUCUUACUCUCACUAGACGACUUGCUGCCAUUGCACCCAAUCAUCCAAGGGCCAGAGGCAAGCCUUGCAAUGUGAAGUGGUACGAAGAUAUGUUGGAUGGGAAAGAUAUGGAGGGGGAGCUGCCACCAGUAGUGAACAAGAGGGUAGAGAAUGAUGGUAUUGUGGAGCGCGAUGCCUAUGAGGCAUUGUGUCGUGGAGAAACUGUUGCUACACCUCCAGAAGUGGAAAAGGAGCUUUACUGCUAUCUCAAGAUGGACAAACCGUUCCUAAAACUGGCUCCAAUCAAAGUAGAAAUUCUGCGCCUUGAACCACUGGCUGUACUCUUUAAAGAGGUGAUGUCCGAUUAUGAAAUGGAGGUCAUCAAAGCGGUAGCCACCCCAAAGCUGGAGCGUGCCACAGUGAAGGCUUCGGAUGGUUCGCUGGUUACUGUCAGUUAUCGAAUUUCCAAAAGCGUUACGGUGCGAGCCUGCGCUUCCUGUCGUCGGUUUUACCUGACCUGCAUGAUUGUGGUGUAUUGGUUUCAGCUGAGACGUGCUACUGUGCAGAAUGCUGUGACGGGUGCACUAGAAACUGCAAGCUAUCGUAUUAGUAAAAGUGCCUGGUUGAAAGAUGAAGAUCAUCCGGUGAUUGCUCGUGUCAACAAGCGAAUUCAUGACAUGACGAAUCUCAACCAGGACACAUCCGAAGAUUUGCAGGUUUUCAUUUUCCCUUACCGGUGUUAA